AUGAUUUCGGCGUUUCGGCGUCAAAAUUCAUUUAUUAAUGCACUCCGCCACUAUUCAGUGAUCACACCGCCCGGAUACAAAAAGGUAAGCCCAGAAAAGUCAAUGAAAAGUUGAAAAUUUGGAAGUUUUCAGCCCGAACCCAAAAAUCUGCUGAAAAAGUUUCUGGUGGACAAGAUAAAGGCGUCGGGACCAAUUACUGUGGCAGAAUACAUGAAAACAUGCGUUUCGGCGCCACAAGUCGGCUAUUACGGGCAAUUUUCCAAUGAUCAGAAGGUACUUUCAGAUUUCUGCGGGAAUUCAUAAAAUUUCCAGGUUUUCGGUCCGAAAGGCGAUUUCAUCACGUCUCCAGAGCUCACACAAUUGUUCGGAGAGAUGAUCGGAGUAUGGUAUCAAAGAGAAAUUCGAUAAUUAUUAAAAAAAAAUGCAAUUUUUUGAAGGAUCUUCAAUGAACUGGCGAAUACGGGUCAUCAAGGGGACUGGCAGCUCGUGGAACUCGGUCCCGGACGGGCUCAGCUCAUAAACGACGUUCUGAACGCGUUGUCAAAGUUCGAGGACAAAAAAGUGUCGGUGCACUUGGUGGAGACGUCGGAUUCGCUGAUCGACGAGCAGGAAAAAGUGCUGUGCAUCUAUAAUUCCGAAAAAGUCGAUAAUUGCGCACACGUGCGGAAGAAUAAGACGAGACACGGAGUCAAUGUUUACUGGUACAAAUCGGUCGACGACGUGCCCGACGCAUUUUCGGUUUUUGUGGCCAACGAAUUUCUCGACGCCCUUCCCAUUCAUCAAUUUCAACGGUGCGGGCAGGAUUGGAAUGAAAUGUGCGUGUUUUUAGGUGAAAACGUGAAAAAGUUUAAAAUUUCUCAAAUUUUCAGCUACGUCAACCUGACUCGAAACGACGAAUUGUGCUUUAUGAAAUCGAAAGGAGAGAAUUUGCACACAAAGUACGCUUUUUAUUCGACUUUCCACCAAAAUGACUUUCCAGAGGCUUAAUUCCGCCGCGGAUCCGAACGGAUCAGUCCCGUGAAUUCUGGGAGUGCUCGCCCGAAUCGGCCACCGUAAUCAGCCAGAUCGUCGACCGUAUCGCCACAUUCGGCGGUUUUUCGCUUUUCGUGGAUUACGGUCACGACGGCACCAGGAAUUCGCAUUCUUUCCGGGCCUACCGGGCCCACCGGCAAGUGGAUUCGCUCUCGGAACCCGGCAAUAUCGAUCUGACCGCCGACGUGGACUUCGGAUAUCUCAAGAGUAUUGUCGACGAUCGGGCACUCGUUUUUGGGCCCAACACGCAAAGGUUCGCGGGCUUUUCAAAUAGUCAUUUUCUUAAAAAAGCUUCCAAAUUCGGUUUUUGCAGAGAUUUUCUGUCGCAACUCGGAAUUGAGCACCGGCUCCGAAGGCUUUUGCCGAAAUGCAAAGAUCGACAGGAACAGGAGCACCUCAUCAGUAGGAUUCUUCACAUUUUUCCGGAAAAUCAAUGUUUUUUUGUUGCAGAAUCCUACAAUAUGCUAAUCGGAGAAAUGGGCGAGAAAUUCAAGGCGUUCGCGUUAUUUCCGAAAACCUUGAGCUUUAUUCUCGAAAAAAGAGGCGGUCCCGUCGGAUUUGCGACCAAAGAAAAUAUGAAAAAAGAGACGGAAGCUCUUUGA